AGAAGGGCGGAGCGCUCCUGCCACCGGAGAACGGCCGGCUGGGUGGCCCGCGGCUGGGCGGCCUUCACCCCUAUAAAUCUCAGCAUAUAUCCCCUUCUCCAGCUGCCGUAGGUGCAGCUUCGGUAUCGCUGCCGCUGGAGACGGGAGUUCCUCGGCUGCCCUGUCGUCUCCAUCUCGGGCUUCCAGGUCCGGGGCUCCUCCUGCCGCCGCCAUGAAGUUGCGGGUCCGGCUUCAGAAGCGGACGUGGCCGCUGGAGGUUCCGGGAUCCGAGCCGACGCUGGGGCAGCUGCGCGCGCAACUGAGCCAGGUCCUGCUGCGGGGCUGCGGCUACAGUUCUGAUACCCGGUUUGCAAUUACAUUGAACAACAAAGAUGCCCUCACUGGAGAUGAAGAAACCUUGGCUUCAUAUGGGAUUGUUUCUGGGGACUUAAUAUGUUUGGUUCUUGAAGAUGCCAUUCCAGAACCUAACUUACCUUCAUCCACAGAUUCAGAGCAUUCCUCACACCAGAAUAAUGGCCAACCUUCUUUGGCCACCAGCUCCAGUCAGUCCAGCAUACAGAAUGAACAGCCAACUGAUUCAGUUCAAGGACAGGCAGCCCAAUCCAAUGUCUGGAAUGAUGACACUGUGGCAAGCACUAGUCAAAAUUUUGAAUCUGAAUCAAUUCAAGAUGUUAUGGAUAUGGAAGAGGGAGCAGGUUUUUGCCCCUCAGAACCAAUGCUCUGCAGCGAGUCGAUGGAUGGGCAAGUGCCACAUUCUCUAGAGGUCUUGUAUCUAUCAGCUGACUCUCCUAACUCCAAUGAUGCCUUAAUCAUAUUGAUACAUCUUCUCAUGUUGGAAUCUGGAUACAUACCUCAGGGAACUGAAGCCAAAACUGUCUGCAUGCCAGAGAACUGGAAGUCUGGUGGUGUGUACAAGCUGCUGUACACACAUCCUCUCUGUGAGGGGGGCUCUGCUGCUCUCACCUGUGUGCCUUUGGGAAACCUAAUUGUCAUAAAUGCUACACUAAAAAUCAGUAAUGAGAUUAGAAGUGUGAAAAAAUUGCAGCUGCUGCCAGAAUCUUUUAUUUGCAAAGAAGAAUCAGCUAUUCUAGGGGAAAAUGUAGCAAAGAUCUACAAAGAUCUCCCGAAGCUUUCUCGUCUCUUCAAAGACCAAUUGGUGUAUCCUCUUCUGGCUUUUACUCGACAAGCACUGAACCUUCCAGAUAUAUUUGGGCUACUUGUCCUUCCAUUGGAGUUGAAACUACGAAUCUUCCGACUUUUGGAUAUCCGCUCUGUCCUGUCUUUGUCUGCAGUUUGUCAUGACCUCUUUAUUGCUUCAAAUGACCAACUCCUGUGGAGAUGUUUAUAUCUGCGAGAUUUUCGAGAUGGCACUGUCAGAAGUCGAGACACAGACUGGAAAGAGCUGUAUAAGAAGAGGCACAAACAGAAAAAAGAAGCUCAGAGAGGACGAUUUGUGAUGCUACCCCACCCCAUUCCUUUUUACCCCAACCCCUUGAGCCCUAGGCCAUUUCCCCCUAGCAGUCUUCUUCCUCCAGGAAUUAUUGGUGGUGAAUAUGAUGAAAGACUAACACUUCCUUUUGUUGGGGAUCCACUCAAUUCACUCAUACCUGGCCGUGGGGAGACGCCUCUACUCAGACCACGUUUUUACCCAACUGGCCCACUUCCAGAACCUAACCCCUUCCUGCCAGGGCGAGGUGGACCCAGUGACAGAUUUCCUUUAAGACCCGGUAGGGGUCGGUCAACUGACAGCAGGCAACCAUUCAUAUGAUUGAUUUGUGAUCUCACUUUUGGAGCUUGUUUUGCUAUUUUUUUUUUCUUCCAUUCUGAAACUACAGAUGUCAUCUCAGUAGGGCACUGACCUCUAAAGUUCUUUGAUUAUGAUGGUGAGAAACAUAAUCACAGAAACCUCUCAGUAAAGCUCCAGGGAUGGUUUGACCCCUGAGUUCACUGCAUGACAAGGUUGCUACUGACUCCCUCACCCCCUCUGAAUUCCCAUUUAGAAUGAAGGUUAUUCACUGAUAAUGUUAUAACCAGAUUAAAAGCAGAAAAGUUUAAAUUA